GACGAUACUGCGCAGAGUAGGUUCCAGCAGGAGAAACCAUGGGCCAAUGAUCCUCACUACUUCAAGCGAGUUAAGAUCUCGGCGCUCGCUCUUCUUAAGAUGGUGGUCCACGCUCGCUCUGGUGGCACUAUUGAAAUCAUGGGUCUUAUGCAAGGUAAGACCGAUGGUGACGCUAUCAUUGUUAUGGAUGCUUUUGCUUUGCCUGUGGAAGGUA